UUUGAGGCACCAUCCCUACCAUUGCCGGGCACUCGCGGCGCUGCUAACGGCCUGGUCACAUGCUCUCCGGAGAGCUACGGGAGGGCGCUGGGUAACCUCUAUCCGAGCGGCGGCCGCGAGAAGGAGGGAAAAGGCUAGCAAAGAGGAAGAGUGGGCGGAGGAGGGGAAGCGGCGAAGGAGGAGGAAUAGGAGCAGGGGCGCACAAAGAAUCCAGGUCUCCCGGGGGGAGGUGUAUACCAAGGACCAUGUGUGCCGAGCUGCUGAGCCAGUUCGUGACCCUGGCUUUGGUGUUGUCCACCUUCGAUCCUGCGAAGGGGACCGACGCCACCAACCCGCCCGAGGGUCUCCAAGACAGGAGCUCCCCGCCGAAAGGCCGCCUGUCCCUGCAGAACGCAGCGGAAAUCCAGCACUGUUUGGUCAACGCUGGCGACGUGGGAUGUGGCGUGUUUGAGUGUUUCGAGAACAACUCUUGUGAAAUUCAGGGCUUGCAUGGGAUUUGCAUGUCUUUCCUACACAAUGCUGGAAAAUUUGAUGCCCAGGGCAAGUCAUUCAUCAAGGACACCCUGAAGUGUAAGGCUAACGGACUGCGGCACCGAUUCGGCUGCAUUAGCCGGAAGUGCUCGGCCAUCAAGGAAAUGGUGUUGCAGCUAGAGCGGGAAUGCUACCUCAGACACAACCUGUGCUCCAUUGCCCAACAGAACAUGCAAGUGAUGGUGGAGAUGAUUCAUUUCAAGGAUUUACUGCAGCAGGAACCCUUUGUGGAGCUGGUGAACCUGCUGCUGACCUGUGGAGACGAGGUGAAGGAGGCUGUCACCCGCAACGUGCAGGCUCAGUGUGAACAGAACUGGGGAAGCCUGUGCUCCAUCCUGAGCUUCUGCAACUCGGGCAUCCAGAGGCCCCCCACUGUGCCUUUAGAGCACCAGCCGCAGGUAGACACAGCCAAGGUCUCCGGGGCCCAGCCCGGGGAAGCGGGUCCACCCCUCUCACAGCCCAGCAGUAGGGAGACCAGCCAGGGCUCCAAGGGGGGGCCAGGUAGCAAGACCCCUCAGAACACCCCGGCCCGGGGCAGAGCCUUGGCCCCUAGAUCUUCUGGAAGCAGCGAGUGGGAGGAUGAACAGUCGGAGUAUUCUGAUAUCCGGAGGUGAAAUGAAAAGCCCAGCCCUGAGAUCUUUCCUCCACACCGUCCAUUUUCUUAGCUAUGGACAUUCCAAAACAUUUACCAUUAGAGAGGGGGGAUGUCACACGCAGGAUUUUAUGGGGGACUGUGGACUUCAGGAAGUGUAUGUUAGCGGAAUGAACAGGUGAGAUGGAGACCCUUUGGGCAGACAACCUGGGGAAUUCUGCACUUACACAGACUCCAGUGAGUGCACCACACCUCCCCGAUGUCACUUUGUCUUCUUUCAACCGCAGAGCUAGUGGGUGGCAGCCUGCAGUGUAGUGGGUUGUGGGGGAGGUGAAAUGGGGAGGGGGCAGGGUUGAGCGAGCCCACCUGGGCUGGACCACACACCUGGUGCUGGGCCCUACUCCGUGCUGUCUUCUGGUGCUGUCUUCUUGGAGGGUGGGUGGAAGGAUUCUGCAGGAAUGAAUAUAACCAUAUCGCUGGGAACACAGAACAGUGGAGGGGAGUCAGCAGGGAUCCUUGAUGCCAAAACCAAAAUUCAGUUUCUUGCAUGGGACCUGGAGGUUUAGAGCCGCUUGGGGUGGGGGGUAAGGGGGUAGGAUUCUAUAUGUAAUUUCUGAGCCAUUGUUCAGUCUGGGGGACACUGUCCGAGGGAGUGACCCCGCAUGUUUGUAUUUUAACCACUGCUUCAAAUCUGGAUUUCACUUUUUUAUUUAUCCGGUUACAUCUACAUAUCUGUAGUCUAAAUAAAUAAACGGCUUCCAAACAAA